AUGUUCAUUCUAGAAGCAACUACUCAAUUAUCUUUUUGGGGACCAAUUGUGUUCUUUUGUAUUGGAGUUCCAGCAGCCUUAUUUAAUAUAAUUAUUUUUAUCGGAUUCAAAACAUUUCGAAAAUCGCCCAGUGCUUAUUAUGUUGUCGGUCAAUCAUUACUCGAUGUAAGUGUUUUAUUACUUGUUCUUCUUCCAGUCAUAUCAUCAGUAUCUACGUCUGUCUCUUCAACAGUAUGCAAAUUGGGGCUCUUCUUAGCUCAAGUAACAGUGUCUGGUGCCAUGAGUUUUCUUUGCUUGACUGCAUUCGAUCGUUGGGCAUGUACAUCUAGAUCAGCUAGAAUACGUCGAUUAAAUUCAAAUCGUAUUGCACGGUAUCUUGGUUUAUUUACAUUUCUUUUUUGGUCAUUCGUGAAUAUUCCUUAUCUUAUUUUUUGUGAUUUAAUCCCACCAACAUACGUUUGUUUUUCAACGAAUGAUGUUUUUACAAAAAUUGUCUUUUAUUUUCUUGCUCCUAUUUUCUCUACUGUUUUUCCUUUGCUCGUCUUAAUUAUAUUUAUUGUUCUUACACAUCGAAAUAUUCGUCUUAUCGCUCAUAUACAUGAUCAACAGCAACCUGUUAGAACUCGCUCAUCAAUGUGGGAACAACAAAUGACGAGAAUGAUGGUUGCUCAAACUAUUUUAAGUAUAUUCUGUACACUUCCUCGAGCUAUCUUUUAUACUUAUUCUGCAAUUACACUUGAACAGAAUGCAACAAAAAGUUUUAAUCAAAUUUCGAUUGAACUUCUGGUCGAUCAAUUGACAAUAUCUAUUAUGUCUAUAAAUUUUGUUUCAUCAUUUUAUAUUUAUUUUCUCUUUUCACCACGUCUUCGACAAACAAUCAAAAUACAUCUAAAAAGUCUAUGCCAUUUGACACCUAAUCAAGUUGUUCCCAUCGACAAUUCUCUUACUAUUGCACAAAAUCUCCCAUCUACAACUCCUCAAAUAAACAAUGAAACAACCCUCUUUAUCUGGCCUGGUCUUCAACCAUGGGGACACGAUUUCGAGCCGAUCGGAAAUGGAGUUCUCCAACCCGUAUUGACAUAUGGAUCAUCAUGUGCACCAAAUCAAAAUGGUAUUGAUCCUUACCAAUGGUGGAUAUCGGCUCAGUAUGUGAAUACUGAUGGGAAUAAGACGGGCUUCAUGGGCUGCUUUGGAGGAGAUGUGAUGACUGUGAAUGAAGGUGAUACAUUAAGGAUCGAGAUGGUGAAACUAGCAACAAGUGGGACUUGGAAUCAGACUGUUCUUAAUCUUAGCAAUAAUAAGACGGUAUGGUUUACAAUGGAUUUGGGAAAACAAGCGCAAGGGCGCCAAUUUCUUAUUGCAAUUGUCUGUAUCAAUGGUGUCAUAGUUGGAUCUAUUUUUAAUGUAUCAUUGUUAUCAUCUUCAAAUACAAUUCUUCUAAUGAAUAAUUCAUGUACUAAUUGUAUUUGUAUGACGAUCUUAUCACAAAACACUCAAGGUCUUAAUUGUUUUCCUAAUCAAUCUUGUUUAUUUUUUUAUAACUACACAUUUCUAAAUACUCUCGAAAUAUCUUCAACUUCAAGCUUUCAUUUUCUUAGUUUACCUCCCGAACAAGAAACGUCAACAGACGAAUCAAGUCAAACAACACAAAUAACAACAGCUACUACUUCAAUCAUAGACAAUCCAUGGAUAUGUUCAAAUAUGACUGUCUUACAACAAAAAGAUAUGCCUGGUAAUGAUAUGGCUAAUGAACAACCAAAAACUUACACAGAAUGUUGUAUUUGGUGCUUGUCGACGUCUGGAUGUCGUGGAUUUGUAUGGGGUUGGCCAAAUAAUACGAGUUCUUUUCAGCAAUCUCAUUGUUGGUUGAAAAGCAUACUUGUUGCUCCAACUAGUCUCGCGCAAUUUACCAGUGUUCACUUCUAA